CACCUCUGGGAAACUUAGCAUCCUGUUCUCCACAUCGCGAGUACGGUGAAUUUUCUCGCGAACGGUAUACACGUACUUCUCGACACCAAACGGAUUCCAUUCGAGGCGCGUAUCAGAGGCCAAGGUUGCUUUCACGCGGGCUUUGUUCGAGAAUCGAAGACAAGGGUGAGAGGGAAGAAUAUAGAGGAAGGAAAGAGAGAGAAAGCGAGAGUCUAGCACGUGGGCGAUCACGGAAGAACGACCGAGAAACCGGCCUUUUGCACCUCUCUCUCGCUCUUCGUUCAACGGAAAGGAUACGGGGGAAAGUGGGAAAGGACAGCACGAAGGCGCCGCGGCGGUGCUGAGAGUGCACACCAGCACAGGAGGGUAAUGCGCUUGGUGACCGGAAGUGAAAAGCCCCGGGCGGCCUAUUCUUUCCCUCGGUCCUGUUCCUCUCGCGGCUCGUUUCUGCGGUCGUUCCGUAACCAGGCAAGCGGAAGAACGCGACGACAACAGGGACAGAGGCAGGGCCAACAAUUCGGAGCCUUGUCGGCGGCCCUCCGGGAAACAGAGCUGCGCAGAUUGGACGGCGGGAAGAGAGAAGAACGUCAACGAAACCGGCAACCACGGCCAAAAGGGAGCGCCUCGUCCAGGACGGCGCUCUUCUAACGGCGAUAGAAAGGAGUUAUGGUGUCUCGCACAUGCGAUGACUGCGGCGGCAGCCGUGGCACUGUGGCAUCGUGCCCACCUUUACAAGGCGAUCGUUUGCGUCGUCCUCGCGCUGAUCGCCAUUCAGUAUUUACUUAGCGGCGUGAUCGAUCGCCGUUCAAUCGAAACGAUUUUCACCAUUAACACUACUAGGUAUGCCGAUCGAACGUACAGGCAUCAUCCGCGAGGUCUGAUCAUAUACGGGCCCGUGACGGCGCCGCCGAGUAUACUCGGCAACGUCAAUGUUACCGCGACCAGUUUGCAUUGGGCCGGCAGGAACCAAUCGAACUUCACGAAAUUGGAAGCGGUUUCUUCGACAGGAAACGCAUAUAUCGUCGGAAGCUCGGUGGAAGCUUCGACGGGGAACUCGACGGCGAACAGCACCGUGCUGCAACGAUGUCCACUCAUUCCUCCGAAUCUUGUUGGACCACUGGCCGUCAGCAAAUCGCCACCGGAGCUGUCUGCGAUCGAAAAGGGGUUCACCGACGUGAAACCAGGCGGCAGAGGAUACCCAGCGGAUUGCGUCGCCAGACAUCGUGUUGCCAUCGUUAUACCGUUUCGAGACCGACCGCAACAUCUUCAGGCGUUGCUCUACAACCUUCAUCCGAUGUUGCUCCGUCAACAGAUCUACUAUCAGAUAUUUGUGGUCGAGCAAAAGGGCAGCGAGUCCUUCAACCGGGCGAUGCUGAUGAACGUGGGCUACAUCGAGGCAUUGAAGGAACGACCUUUCGACUGUUUCAUUUUUCACGACGUUGACCUACUUCCGGAGGACGAUAGGAAUCUGUACACCUGCCCCGAGCAGCCCAGGCAUAUGUCGGUUGCAGUCGACAAGUUCAAAUACAGACUACCGUACGCCGAUUUGUUCGGCGGUGUCUCGGCGAUGUCGCGCGAACAGUUCCGUCUGGUGAACGGAUUCAGCAACGUGUUCUGGGGUUGGGGCGGCGAGGACGACGACAUGGCGAAUCGAAUAAAAGCCCACGGUCUCCACAUUUCACGGUAUCCGGCGAACGUCGCGCGGUACAAAAUGCUAACGCACAAGAAAGAGAAGGCGAACCCGAAAAGGUACGAGUACUUGAAAACGGGCAAGAAAAGAUUCACCACGGACGGACUGAGCAAUCUCCAGUACGAGCUGGUCGACAAACAAAAGCCGAAAUUAUACACUUGGCUUCUGGUGAAGUUGACCCCUCCCCAACCCAGCUGAUGGCUCUCGUGGAUCGGGUAGCGAACGAGUCCCGAAGAAUUCUACGCUCGUGACACGCGACCCGUAUUCGGUUCCAAUGAAUGACACGCCGCGGAUUUUCACGGAACCGAUUCGAACGAAACAGCGAACAGAGAGGGAGCAAAGGAAGGAGAAUGCUUGUCCGAGCUGUACGGCUGCACGUCGAAUCGCGUUAAAACGGUCCCCGACGAUUUCUUCUCGAAUCGUACCCGACUUCGAUCGAAACAGGCGAGAUUCGAAACGAAAGAUUUCCAACCCCCAACGGACUACCAGCGAGGAAUCGCGUGUAAAGGGUUGGAAUCGCUUGACAUCCUCUCGCGAGUGUUGGUUUCUCUCGCGACAGCCCGCGCGAUCGCUGUCCUCGUAAGCCCCCGGUCGCCGGUUUGGAAACCGAGAGAAACGUUGUUACGUGAUAUAUUUUUAUUCCUCGUAUUUUUUUAUCGCAACGAUAGGCUAG